UCAUAAAACACCAUUUUAAUGCACAAGCCACGUACUUUCACGUUAAGCGCUCUAGAAUGUCCCAGUGAUUCAUUGUGAAUUCGAUUGGUCCAAAAGAUUAAACUUGUCGCAGCUAACAUCUCGUGAUACAAUAAAUCAGACAUAGUGAGUCAAGUUAACAAUAAACAACUGUGCAUUAUAAUGAAAGCUUUGCAAAACUGUACAGCGUUUUUUAGCUUUUUAAACAAUAUAUUCCAUCCUACACCAACUAAGCGCACAUGUCCUAUCAUGUGUGUCUAUGAAAGAUGAUUGAACCAAUCAGAGCAGGUAUGCAGCCCCGCCUCCAUCUGCAGGCUGCAGCCGGGUGUACUUUCUAAAUCUCAGUAUCCAAUCCCACAUUGUUUCGCUAGAUGUCAGUAUUUUUAACUUGCAUUUUCCAGUAAAUGCUACUUAUGUAACAACUUCAUGCUGUGACUAAUAAUAGUCCAUGUACUGAUAUCUGACAGCUAAGCCAGCCUAGUCUUAUCCUAUGCUGAAACUGAUUAAGUUAAUGGCUGUGGUAUGAUUUUUAAACUCACCCUUUGCCUUAUCGUUGAUAAACAGGGUUCAGAGUUUUAAAACCCAGGAAGCAGUGCACUGUCUGGUCAUUUCUUCUGACUACCAAUAAUUUCGCUUACCAAGAUGUGUUGGCGAAUUCUGGUGAUCUUUUCGUUCAUUCAUUUCUUCUCAUCUGGGGACACGCUCCUGGCACCUUGUGACAGUCAGAUCUACUGCACUGGAGAAGUCCUGCGACAGGUCCAGAUGGCCAAACUGUUUGAUGAUGACAAGUACUUUGUAGAUAUGAAGUUGACUAGAGCUCCCGAAGUCGUUGUGGAGGCUUUUGCCAAUCUGAGCUCAGAGUUCCCAAAUAAGACUGUCCCGUCCUCAGAGCUACAGAAGUUUCUGCAGACAUACUUUGAAGAGCCGGGUAAGGAGUUCGAGCAGUGGACUCCUCCAGACUGGCAUUCAAAACCAAAAUUCUUGUCCAGGGUUUCUGACUCAAAAUAUCGCAGUUGGGCUGAAGAACUGCACAAUUUAUGGAAGUCCCUUGGUCGAAAGAUCCGUGAUGAUGUCAGAGACCACCCAGAGCUGUACUCACAGGUUUACACCCCACACCCAGUUGUCGUGCCUGGUGGCCGCUUUAGGGAAUUCUAUUACUGGGACUCAUAUUGGAUAUUAAAUGGUCUCCUUUUGUCAGAAAUGACCGAGACGGCUCGAGGAAUGAUUCUGAACUUUGUGUACCUGGUGGAAAGAUACGGCCUUGUCCCAAACGGUGGUCGGGUUUAUUACGAGCGGCGUAGUCAGCCUCCCUUCCUUCCGCUAAUGGUGGAAAGUUUCUAUGAGGUCACCGGAGACAAAGACUUCCUCAGGCAGGUUUUGCCAGCACUGGAAACAGAGUACAGCUUUUGGAUGCAGAAUUGCUCUCUUAAUGUGGCGAUGAGUGGACGGACUCACAUCCUGAAUCGAUAUAAUGUACCGGUGGACAGGCCGAGACCUGAGUCAUACAGUGAUGAUGUAGAGCUGGCUGAGGGCCUGUCAGCAGAGGCUCAGAAGAAACUUUGGAGAGAACUGGCAUCUGGUGCAGAGUCAGGCUGGGAUUUCUCUUCUCGCUGGUAUAUAGACAGCACAGGCAGAAACAGUGGCACCCUGAGAGACACAAAGACAAGCUCCAUCCUGCCUGCUGACCUCAAUGCCAUUAUGUGCCGCAAUGAGCGUCUGCUGGCCUCCUUCCACAGGAUUCUGGGUGAUGAAGAGAAGGCAGCGGAAUACGAGAAGGCACUUUCUGCUAGAAUUAAAGGGGUUGAAAGUCUACUGUGGGAUGCAGAAAGAGGAGCCUGGUUUGAUUUCAGCAUGGUGAAAGAGACCCGGCACCUGUCUUUUUACCCAUCUAACCUGGCACCUCUCUGGGCACAAUGUUACUCUAACCCGGAAAUGGCCAACCAGGCUGUGCAGUACCUGACGGGUAGUGGAGGUCUGGACUAUCCUAACGGGGUUCCCACCUCUCUUAGUAAAAGUGGGCAGCAGUGGGACAUGCCCAACGCCUGGCCUCCGCUUCAACACAUGAUUAUAGAGGGUCUCUCCAGGCUCAAUUCAGCCCACGCUAAAGAGCUCGCCUUCAGAUUGGCCCAACAGUGGAUUCAGACCAACUGGAGGGCGUACAUAAAAUAUGAGGCCAUGUUUGAGAAGUACGAUGUCAACGGUGAUGGAAAGCCCGGAGGAGGUGGCGAGUAUGAAGUUCAGUUGGGUUUCGGGUGGACCAAUGGGGUUGCUCUACAGCUGCUUAACCAGUAUGGUGAUAGGCUGAGCUCUGGAGGGAGUGUCCUGAGUGGCAGCAUUCUGAUUGGACUCAUCUAUCCCAUCUUAAAAUCUCUGUUCUGUUCCUGAUCUGUGAAGUCUGGAGGCUAAAGCAGUGGAAACAUUAGAAAACUCCACAUCUGCAUUCAACAGCUGAAGCUGAAAUGAUUCAGUCAAUGACUUUCUGUCUGACUCGCUUGCUUUUUUUUCAUGGAACUAAGAGGGAACCCAAAAAGUUUAGCAGAGAAUAGCAUGGUAACACUUUACAAUAAGGUUCAAUUUGUUGACAUGAACUAAUGCUAUAAAAAUAUUCAAAAGCAUUUACUAAUCUUCGUAAAUUUUUAUAAUAUUAUUUAGUAACACAAUGUUAAACUCAUCUAUUAAGUAUAAUUUAAUGGACCUGAGCUGACAUUAACUAGCAAUAAACAGUUAACAAAAGUGGAAAAUAAAAACACUGUAACAAACAAAUUCAUUUUUUUGUUAAUUUUAGUUAAUGCAUUAACUAAUAUUACCUAAUGGGACCUUAUAGUACAUUUUAACCAAUGGUAGUUUUUAUAAUUUGUUUUACACUCACCUGAAGACUGCAUAUUUUAAUGAGAUCUACCCAGAAGUAA